AUGGAAGAGUGCAAAGAACUAUUUCAAAAUGUAACACAAAUGCCGUUCUCGCAGGCGCUGGAGAUACUGAAAGAAAAGCUGUUGGCCAAACAGAAGAGAAUAGCGGAGGCCACCCGUGACAUAACAGAGAAGGAAGCGCUGGAAAUGAUGGGGCUCCUGGAGAAGAAGGCCAUUUGCUACAACAACUGCAAAAAGCUGUAUUCAAGGGGGAACCUAUCGCAUGACAAGCUGCAAAACAAAUAA